AAUGCUCUACAUCGGAAUUGCUUUUUUACAUUCCUGGAUUAAAUGUUAAUGGUCUCACUGAAGAUGAUAUUCGUGACUUUCCUCAAGAGAGUCGUCAUUUUGCUAAUGAUAAUUUGGCUGAGCUGUUGGAAUCUGUCAACAUCAAUAGUUCAGCUAAUUCUUCAGUGAUGGUCGAAGGUGACUCUGUAAUAACAAAAGAAUCAUGUAAUGAGUCGGAAACUGAAGAAGUGGAUGCAGAAUUUGAGGCAAGAUUUUUUGAAUUUCCAUUGAGCUGUUCGUAGAAAAAUUGCACUCACUUUAUAGCUGCAUCGGUCUAGUAACUCCAUACUGCAGCGCAAACUUGC